AUGUCUUUAAGCACUGCUGGUGACUUGACAAAGAUGGAAAUCUCUUCCGAGAAGAUUGAACAUGCUGAUAUCGAUGAAGAACCCUCUUUCACCCCCGAAGAAGAGAAGGCGUUGGUGAGAAAGAUUGACAUGACUCUGUUGCCGACGAUUUGGAUCAUGUACCUGCUCUCAUAUAUGGACCGUACAAACAUCGGAAAUGCAAAGAUUUCCGGCAUGGAGACGGACUUGAACUUGAGUUCAGAUCAGUACUCGAUUGCCUUGGUUGUUUUCUUCGUGGGUUACGUGUUUAAUCCUCGGCCGAACUCGACCCUCCCUUUUUUGCCAGGUAUCAUGAUUCUCUGGGGUACUUUGACUUGCGUGAUGGCAGUUAUUAAGAGCUAUAAGCAUCUGGUCAUUCUUCGAACCUUAAUCGGCUGUGUUGAAGCCGGAUUUGCACCUGGUGUCUUGCUCGUACUAUCAUCAUGGUAUAAGCGUACAGAACAGUCCAAGCGAUUUGGAGUUUAUAUCUCUGCGGCAAUUCUAUCAGGUGCCUUCGGAGGACUGAUCGCAGCUGGUAUCGUUGAUAACCUGGAGGGUGUCCACGGGAUUCGAGGAUGGCGAUGGCUUUUCAUUGUCGAGGGAGCUGCUACCAUCGGAUUUGCCAUCAUCUCCCUGUUCAUUCUUCCCGAUUUCCCAGCAACAUCACGACGCCUGUCUGGGCAUGAAAGGCAUAUCGCGGUCGCUCGACUGGCCAGCGAGAACGUGACUGCUGUCACCGCGGACGGUGAGAAAAUGGGCGACUGGGAGGCUGUUCAAAUUGCAGUUAAGGAUUUACGAACGUGGGCCUUUGUGGUUGGAUACAUGGUCAUCGUUGGCUCAAGCACUCUCACCUACUUUUACCCGACUUUGGUCCAGGGAUUAUUCGAAGGCGCAUCCACCUACCGCGUCAAUCUUCUCACGGUCCCAAUCUAUGGCGUGGCCUUCGUCUGUACAGCCGUUACCGCCUACUUCAGCGACAAGAUCCCAAAUUGGCGAGGCCUUGUCAUUGCCUGCUGGCUAGCCUUCUCGCUAGUAUGUUCUAUCAUUGUUUGUGUGGUAUACAACUUCACUGCUCGAUACGUCUUACUUGUUUUAAUGGCUGCUGGGCUAUGGGCAACCAAUGGUGGUACGCUGGCGUACGCUUCAUCUGCAUUCGCCAGCAUGCACCCUCAAGCACGAGGUGUGAGUCUGGCCCUAGUCAAUGCGCUGGGUAAUCUGGCUCAGAUUUAUGGAUCGUACCUGUUCCCGGACUCUGACAGUCCCAAAUACAUUAUGGGAUUUUCGGUAAUUUCUGCGAUGUUGGCUGUAGGAGUUGUUACUUUCACAGGCCUGCAUGUUUGGUUCCGCCGUCGCACACAAUCUGUGAUUGAAGAAUAA